ACGCCACGCCACAGCCCCGCCCUCGCCGCCGUUUCCCGAAUCCCCCAAGGGCAAGCGGAGCCAUCCAGGAUGGCCCAUUCGCCGGCGCCCAGCGGCGGCGGCGGCGGGGGGCCGCUGCCGCUACUGGUGUCGCUCAACUGCCUCGACGACCUCUCGCUGGAGCAGGAGGGGCUGGCGGGCGUGGCCGCGGUGGAGCACGUGCCGCUCUCCGCCGUCGCCUGCGGCCGCAUCGAGGCCGCCUCCGCGGUGCUGCUCCCCUCCCUCGCCUUCCUCCCGCGCGCCGCGCAGCGCCGGCUGCGGCCCUGGCAGCUGCUGCUCUGUCUCGGCUCCGCGGACCGCGCGGCCGACGCGGCGGCGGCCGCCGACCUGGGCCUCCGCCUCGUCCACGUCGACGCCAACCGCGCCGAGGAGGUCGCCGACACCGUCAUGGCGCUCAUCCUCGGCCUGCUCCGCCGGACCCACCUCCUCUCGUGCCACGCCUCGUCGGUCCCGGCCGCCGGCUGGCUCGGCUCCGUCCAGCCCAUGUGCCGCGGCAUGCGGCGCUGCCGCGGUCUCGUGCUCGGUAUCAUUGGCCGGUCCGCGGCCGCCCGCUGCCUCGCCACUCGUAGUCUCGCGUUUCGGAUGAGCGUGCUCUACUUCGAUCCGCGCUACGUGGCAAGUGGGAAAACAAAGCGGCCUUCUAUUGUUUUCCCUUCUGCAGCAAGGAGAAUGGACACUCUCAAUGAUUUAUUAGCAGCGAGUGACCUUAUUUCGCUGCAUUGCGGAUUAACAAAUGAAACCAUGCAUAUACUUAAUGCUGACUGCCUGCAGCACAUAAAACCUGGAGCUUUCAUAGUCAAUACUGGUAGUUGCCAGCUUAUAGAUGACUGUGCUCUCAAACAGCUCUUGAUUGAUGGUACCAUAGCUGGUUGCGCAUUGGAUGGUGCUGAAGGUCCACAGUGGAUGGAAGCAUGGGUGCGGGAGAUGCCAAAUGUUUUAAUUCUUCCGCGGAGUGCAGACUACAGCGAAGAAGUGUGGAUGGAAAUAAGAGAGAAAGCAAUAACUAUGUUACAGUCCUUUUUCUUCGAUGGUGUUCUUCCAAGUAGUGCAAUUUCUGAUGAAGAUGAGGAAAUAAGUGAAGCUAAAAAUGAAGAUGACUAUCUAGGCCCACAGGCAAAGGAUAGCCAGUCACAGAUUUUUGAUACUGAAAUAGAUGAAAGCCACAUAACGCUGGAGUCUGAAAAGAAAAGAGCCAUAUCCCACCAUAAAGAGCCUCAGGCGUCUGGAAAGUCUGUAAACAUUGGCUCCCGAUCUGAAGGGAGGCGUAGUCGUUCUGGAAAGAAAGGGAAAAAGAGGCCUGCCCAUCGCAGACCUCAACAGAAACCAGAUGACUUAUCUGCUGUUGAGAGUGACAGUAACUAUUCCUCCCGGAGAGAUGAUGACACUGCAAUGAGUAGCAGGGACCAGGUUGUAAGUUCCAGUUCACGAUUUGCCUCUCCUGAGGACCCAAAAUACAAGCAUAAAUCUCUUUCUGAAUCCCCGAUGGAAAUAACAUCCGAGAAGAAGGUGCCUGUACUACUCAGUAGAAAGUACCCUGAUAAACUAAAAGAUGGAUUUAUUGUAGCUUUGAGAGCAAGAGAUAAUUCAGGGUACCAUGUUGCAAGACAGAGAGUAGUUGGUGGUGGUGGCUGGAUUCUUGAUGUUGUCUCAAAUGCUACAAACAGGGACCCCGCUGCUCAGUUCCUUGUUACUUUCAAAAACAAGGAUACUAUGGGGCUCCGAUCCUUUGUUGCUGGCGGUAAGCUACUACAGAUUAAUAGGAAGAUGGAGUUUGUGUUUGCAAGCCAUUCUUUUGAUGUUUGGGAGAGCUGGAUGCUGGACGGUUCCUUGCUGGAGGGUAGCAAGCUUAUCAAUUGCAGAAAUCCUUCGGCUGUAUUGGACAUCUGCAUUGAGAUCCUCGCAGCACCAAGUGAAGAAGACGGAGUCACUAGGUGGCUAGAUUCCCCACGCUGGGGACUGUAAAAAUGAUCUGAGCCAUCAUUGUUGUUCGGUUCGGUUUGCUUCCUUCUUUUUUGAAAAAAAAAAUAGCUUCCAGUUUUUCUAUUCCUCUGCUUAAGUUCCCAAUUUUGUCCUUUCUGAUGUAGGGACCAUGUAGAGUUGUAGACAUUUAUAUCAAUACAUCAUGUGUAACGUGUUUUUU